UAUUGAUUAUGAUUAGUGAUAUAAUAAACCUUAGUGUUUGAAUAAUUUAAUUACUGAUCAAAAUUUUAAUGGAUAAUCAAUUAGCUUAGAGUUCGUUUUUAUUGUUUGAUUUUACUCUUUUUUUGUUUUUUGAUUUUUGAUUUUUAUUCCUCGCUAAGAUGGUCCAAGAAUACCAAUCGCCGGUGCGAGUUUACAAGUAUCCAUUUGAAAUCGUAAUGGCUGCAUACGAAAGACGAUUUCCGACAUCUCCGUUAAUACCGGUCUUCGUUGGGAGUGAAGUAACAGCCGACAGCACAACAAAUGAUGGUUCAAUUAGAACCACAGAAAGAAGAUGUAAACUCGUUGUGGAAGCUCCAUAUUUAUUAAAAAAGAUUAUCGGUGUAGAUUAUGUAUAUUUUAUUCAGAAAAAUGUGCUAGAUUUGAGAGAACGUUGUUUAAAUAUUGAAGCAACAAAUGAGACAUUUUCUACUCGUGUAAAUGUCUUAGAAAAAUGUCGUUACUAUGUUCAUCCAGAAAACUCAGAAUGGACAUGUUAUGAACAGAGCGCGCUAUUAGAUAUAAAAUAUUUUUUGGGUUUUGAGUCAUCCAUGGAAAAACUUGGUAUGAAACAAUACAUUCAGAAUAUUUCCAAGGGAAAAGAAAUAAUAGAAUUUUAUGUUGAUGAAUUAAAAAAAGAUGGAAUAAUUAAUCUUCCUCGUUGGAUACCAACUGGAGGUGAUCAAACUUGUGACUUGAAUAACCCAGAAGAAAGUCCAAUUGGUUUUAAUAAAGACAGUCCAACUACUGCAGAUUCCCAGUCAAAAAUAUGGUUAGAGGAUGAGUAUAUUAAAAGAUACAUUGGUGAAUUGACACCAUUGCAAGAAUCAAAAUUAGUGCAAUUCAAAAAACAAUUGUCCCAACUACAAAAGUCUAAGUUACCGAGUGAUACUACAUUAUUGCGAUUUUUGCGAGCUACUGAUUUCAAUAUUGAAAAAGCUAGAGAAAAUUUAUCCCAAUCGCUUAUAUGGCGAAAAAAACAUAAUAUUGACAACAUAUUAUCAGAGCACGAGUUUCCUGAAGCUAUAAAAAAAUAUUUUCCCUGUGGUUGGCACCGCCAUGACAAAGAUGGACGUCCUUUAUACAUAUUACGUUUAGGUCAAAUGGAUGUGAAAGGUCUUCUUAAAUCAGUUGGUGAAGAUUGUCUUCUUAAACAAGCUAUGCAUGUAUGUGAAGAAGGUUUAAAGCUAACAAAAGAAGCAACACAUACAUCUGGCAAACCAAUUACAACUUGGUGUUUAUUGGUUGAUUUAGAAGGGCUAAAUAUGAGACAUUUGUGGAGACCUGGUGUGGGUGCAUUGCUCAGAAUUAUUGAAAUUGUAGAAUCUAAUUAUCCAGAGACACUUGGGCAAGUACUUAUAAUUCGUGCACCUAGAGUAUUUCCAGUUUUGUGGACCUUAGUGAGCACAUUUAUCAAUGAGACAACACGUCAAAAGUUCCUAUUUUAUGGAGGUAAUGAUUAUCAAUCAUCAGGUGGUCUCAAUGAAUUUCUUACGGAAGAUGAUGUGCCUGAUUUCCUUGGUGGUCCCUGUAAAGUUAAAAUUCCUGAAGGUGGUUUUGUGCCCAAAAAUUUGUAUCUAAAAGAAGGAGAGUUAGAAAAAGAAGCAUGUACAAUUACUGAAGAUAGUAUAUAUCAAUCUGUUACACUAACUAAAGGACAGGCUCAUGAAGUUUUUGUUCAGUGUGAGGAAUCUAGUUCAGUAAUAACAUGGGAUUUUGAUGUUAUGAGACAAGAUAUUAAUUUUAAUGUAUUAAGAUUAUUAAUUGAAAUUCAGCCAUCAACUCUUCUCAAUUGUGCCAGAGGUAAUUUAAAUGUUAUAGAAAAGGGUUGGAAAGAAGGAGAACAUUAUGAAAAAGUGGAACAGACCAUAUUAUGUCAUGAUGGUGAGAGCGUUCAAGGAUCUCAUCUUACUACUAAAAGUGGAACAUAUGUAUUACAAUGGUACUGGUCGUCAGAUAGCUUAAAUAUUAGCUCAGGACAUCACACUAAAGCUAAAAUCAUGUAUUAUUAUGAAAUGUUGAAAUCUGCUGAUUAUCGGGGUUCAAUGUCAAGUUUGAUGUCAGCUAAUAGUAAAUUUUCUUCUCGUAGUAAUAGAUAAUUAACUUAUCAUGUAUUUUGUUAAACAUGUAAUUUUAAUCGUUAUACCUACAUAAUUAAGACCAUACUUUAGAAAAGAGUUGCAUUGAACGGGAUAUUUGGUGUGUAAAAAAAUAAUGAAUAUCCUCUUUCUGUCUUUUAAUAUUUAUAAGUACCUAAAGUUUUUAAAUUAAACAUUUUCAUAUUUAUUAGUUUUUUUAAUUUUGAGUUAUAUUCUUUGUUACUUUUACCAAGUUAUUAUUAGUUUAUAAAUUCAAUUUUUAACCUGUAAAUAUUUGAGGUCAAAGUUAUAAAUCAUCAAUUUAGAUAUAUUCAAAUAACCUUUAAUAAUUUAUUUCAUAACACAUUAAAGUCUAUUGGAUUUAUUAAGGGAAAUUUGUUAUUUUUAUCAUGGUCCAUUUAAUGUUGUAAUUGUCCAUUUUAAUGUUCAUAUUCAACUAUAUAACUAUUUGUUAAUGUCAUCACAUAGUGUAUAUUAAGUUUAGAUUUUGUUAUUUUUUUAGUAUUUUUUUUUUUUUGUUAUGUAAUGAUCUGAUUAUUGUUGUUCUUUGAUGUACUAUCUUUAUGUUUCCUAAAAUAUCAAGUUUUUUUUUCAAUUGGCAGUUUUAGUGAAAUUUUCUUCUAUUUUAGUUUUUAUUUGUUAAUAUUAUUUUAUUUUAUUUUAUUUUAUUUUUUGUAUCUGUGAUCAAAACAUGUUUUAUCUGUUUAAGUUAAAUACAAUUAAAGUUAUUUAGGCUACGUAAUUAUUGUACAUCAUCAUUUAACUAAAUACAUUUUAGAUAAAAUAGCAUUUUCACUUUAAUGAUGUAACUCAUGUCAAUUGAAUUUUUAUGUGUCUUUAUGGUACAAAAUUAAUAUUUCUAAUAAUAAUUUGUUAUUAAUUUAUGUCAGCAGUAUUUGUUUUUAUUUGAUAUAUAAAUAAAAUAUGCUGUUUGGAUGGUAUCAUGAGUUCCCAUAACAUAUAAUAUUUUUAUGUCUUAUGAGUUAUGACAAACAUAAAAUAAUUAAUCCUGACAAAAACUUUGUAUUUAUGAAAUACUAGCUCUCUUAUUAUAUAUCCAUAUAAUCAGACUAAAUUUUAUUUAUUCAUGAUUAACUAAUUAAAGACAGUUAUUACUUAUGUCCUAAUGUCUUAUUGUAAUCUUAACUAAGAUGCAUGUUAUCAAUUAUCACAAUAUAUUCCAUAUUAAUUUUUUUAGUUUAAAAUAACAAUAAUUGUAUGCAAAAAUUAAAACGUUAGAAAGUGCAUAAUAGAUAUACAUUUUUCCGAACUAAUUUCUACUUUCUAGCCAUAAUUUUAUUUUAAUUUAUAAAAUUCCAGUGCUCAAGUAAAGAUAUUUCAAUUGCAUUUUGAAUAAUUUAUUAAAAACAGGUGUUUUUACCUCAGUGUAUAAAAACUGUGAUCAUUUAUUUAUGUCAUACACAGCUAUAAAAUGUAAUAUUACCCAACUUUUAAAACUAUGAUCAUGAUGUGUUUGUGAUACUUGUUGUUGUUAGGUGUUUUCUGAACACCGAUAAACACUAUUAUUUAUAAUAGGUACAUACAUAUAGAAAAUAUUAUCUACCUAUUUGUCUAUACUAUAAUACAUUUAAAUUGUUUUAAGAGUUAGUUGUUAUUUGUUAAGGUUAAAUAUUAUCAUAUAUCUACUUAUUUAAAAUACAAUGUAAGUAUAAUGUUCUUUUUUUUAAAUUUUUAAAUACAAAAAUAUUCAUGCUGGCAUGAUCUCAUUGUAGUUGUAAUUUAAAUGGAGCAUUUAUCUUAUAUUUAUGAUCUAAUAUAGUUAUUUUAUGGGAUAAAAUAGUUUAUUGAGAAUUGGUUUAUGAAAAAUUACUGGCAUCAUAAAGUAAUACAUUUAUUUAAUUUAAUAAUUCUAUUAUAUUAAUUAUUAUUGUUUAUAUAAAUAUUAUAUAAUACGUUUUAUUAUUAUUAUUAUUAUUAUUUGUAUACAUAUUAUAAUAUAUGUUUUAUUAUUAUUAUAAUUAUUAUUACCAACCACAUAUAAAUAAUACUAUUAUAAAUAGUUUUUGAAAUGUACUAGUACCUAAUAAAC